GCGCAUUUACACCUUUCAGAGUCACUGUUCAUCCGUGUACCUGACAGGAAACUGAAACCAGCGGAAUCCAAGCUGACAGAACAUUGGAAUAAACCAGAUGACUUGCUUUUGAAUCCAUUCCUUCUCUCUAAUUGAAAAUGAGCAGCCGACGGCGGCGAUGCAAGCGUCAGUUGAUCAAAUUUACUCAGCAUAUUGCUCGAUUAAUCACAGGAACUCUGAGCUCAGAUAAUGAGGAUGAAGAACAAGAGAGCACAACGUUGCGGUAUCACCCGGAAAAUCUGGAGCAACUGCAGUCGCAGACCCAUUUCUCCAGACAAGAGCUGCAGUUACUCUAUAGAGGAUUCAAGAACGAUUGUCCAAGUGGAGUUGUGAAUGAGGACACAUUUAAAAACAUCUAUGCUCUGUUUUUCCCACUGGGAGAUUCAUCGAAAUAUGCUCAGUUUCUUUUCAAUGCAUUUGAUAAAGAUAAAAAUGGCUCUCUUAGUUUUGAGGAAUUAGUCUGUGAUCUCUCAGUUUUGUUGAGAGGCACUACAGAAGAGAAGCUGAACUGGGCCUUCAAUCUAUAUGACAUCAACAAAGAUGGCCAGAUUACUAAAGAGGAAAUGUUAGAUAUAUUAAAGUCUAUUUAUGAUUUGAUGGGGAAAUCUAUCCAUCCACGACUUAAAGAGGAGGCAUUGAGGCAACACGUCAGAAUGUUCUUCCAAAAAAUGGACAUAAACCAGGAUGGUGUAGUAACUAUUGAUGAAUUCAUUGACUGCUGCCAAAAAGAUGAAAAUAUAAUGCAGUCUCUUAAGAUUUUUGACAAUGCUGUCUAGAUUUUAGUCAGGAAAUCCACCCUAAGCACUAAGAAAGAUAUUUCUAGAUAAAUAAUACUCGUUGUUAUAAUGCCAGCUUUUCUGUGCUGCUGUUCUGGACUGCUAUUGUCUUUUGUGAACUGACUGCUGAAUGUAUACCUUGGUAAAUGUGGGACUCUUCUGUGAUGCAAAUGUAAAUGCAAUGUUACUUGUAAAACACAACAUCAGUGUUAUUGUAUAAUAAUGUGGUCCUGUGGUUACUGACCUGGCUCAUGUUUGGCACAGACUAGCUGUUUCAUACUGACUGUUUCACACAUUUUCUUCCUUUAACCCUAAC